GUCCUUUACGCUGGUUCAGUAAAAGAAGAAGGAGACAGGACGUGUUGUGAGUUGUGUAGUUUCUGAAGUGAGUGUGACAGUUGUUCAAGAAAACAUCAUUCAGUCAGGUCUAAAAUGACUGAGGUGAGCCAUGAGCAGUGGGGGGAGGUGUCUGGCCUGGGCUCUGUGGACCUGUGGGUCCUGCAGUCCUCUCAGGUCCGGGUGGAGGUCCUGACCCUGGGUGCCAUCAUCAGGUCUGUGUGCAGCAGAGGGAAGGACGUGGUCCUGGGCUACGAUGACCUGGAAGGUUACAUGUCAGAUAAGCGCUACCUGGGAGCCGUGGUGGGCCGCGUGGCCAACAGGAUCGCACGUGGACGUUUUGUACUGGAGGGAAAAGAGUACCAACUGGACGUCAACAAUGGACCUAAUGCACUGCAUGGAGGGCUGCGCGGCUUCAAUAAGGCUAUCUGGAUUGCUACACCAGUGGAAGGUGGUGUCCAGCUGAGUCUUACAAGUCCAGAUGGAGAUCAGGGUUAUCCUGGAGAGGUCCAGGCCUCAGUCUCCUACACCCUGCAGGGGGAAACACUAACUGCUGAAUACCGAGCCCAGUCUACCAAAACCACGCCCAUCAACCUCACCAACCACUCUUACUUCAACCUGGCUGGACAGGGUGCAUCAGAUAUCUACGACCAUCAAGUGUCCAUCAGUGCUCAGUCCUACCUGCCUGUGGAUGACACAUCCAUUCCCACAGGAGAGAUCAGAGGAGUGGAAGGCACGCCCUUUGACCUCAGGAAGCCUGUUCUGAUUGGCCCUCGUCUGAAGGAAGUUCCAGGUCCAGGGUUUGACCACAACUUCUGUCUGUCAUCACCUGGAGAUGCCUGGACAGAGAGACACACUGCCAGAGUGUGUCACCCAGCCAGUGGGCGUGUCCUGGAGGUUUCCACUAGCCAACCAGGAGUCCAGUUUUACACGGCCAACUUCCUAGACGGCUCAAUGACAGGAAAGGGCGGGGCUAGGUAUGGGAAGCACAGCUCCUUCUGUCUGGAGACGCAGAAUUGGCCUGAUGCUGUCAACCAGGCUUCAUUCCCUGACUGUCUUCUGCGUCCUGGUGAGGACUACCGUCAUGUGACCCGAUUCACCUUCACCACAGUCUGAUCUGACGUCCGCUCAGAGAAAAGAAGAGGACUGGACCAGUCAAUGUUCACAUUUUAAUCAUGUACUGUACACUUUGAUUCCUGUCUGUGUAAUUCAUUUAUUUGAUGCAGAUUCAUUUAAUGUGAAUGUGAAGAACUGUACAGGCAGAGGAAUCCCAGCCUGCACUGCUUCUUUACAUGUAGCGAUGAACAGAGUGGCGUUUCUGUGUAGCUGCAGGACAGUUUACUCCCAACAGUGCCCCGAUUUCCUUCCAAACCUCGUCAUUUUUGAGGAUAUCCUGAUAAAGAAGGUGCUGUGGAUCAUGCUGCAGGAAGGACUCACACUCAGCCUGUUGGCUGACACGUGGAGUAGAUGAGGACUAACUGAAACAGUGUGAUGUCCGCUGAUGACAUCGCUUCCUGUCAGGAAACUGUGGGCUAGUGGCCUGAAGCUCAGAGUCUAACCGACCAAACAGUGAUCGUCAUAAUGUGAUUUAUGAUCGUGUGCCAAUGCAGUCUGACAUGAAAUAAAAAAAUUAUAAUUCA